CGCACUCUGGUCUCUUGCAUUGCUCGCCGUCGCCGUAUUCUUAUUCCUGUAUAAACCUCAUGGACCCCGUCACGUUUGACUACUACUCGGACUCGUCUGCGCCCCGCACCCCGUCCCCCCGCUCCUCCGUCUCCUCAGAGGGCGUGCCGUCACUGGAAGACAUGCACCCGUACCAGCACUCCCCCGCCGCAUACAAGCCCUCCUUCGACCUCGAUCCCCUCCGCAACAUCCUCGCAGACCAGGCCCGCGACGAUCCCAUGGCCGCCUACCACCCCGCCCACGUCGUCUACGCCGGCAACCGCGGCUCCCUCCUCCAGGAGCUCUACGAGCAGGGCAUCCCCGAGGACGCCCCCCACCCCCACCACGACAUCUACCUCCCGGCCGCCCAGUCCGCGGAGCCCUACCACGGCAACGAGUGGGCCCGCAUGUCCCCGGCCUCCCACCUCGACCACCACCAGACGCUCCCGCCCAUGCGCUCCCCGCACGACUACGGCAUGGUCCGCAGGAACACGUUCCCGUACGCUCGCCAAGAGCGUCCGGACCACUACCCGGAGCAGGUCCAGUUCCAGGAGCACGGGCCCAUGCUCGGCCAGCCCAUGUACGGCGAGCCCAUGUCCCUCCACGGCUCCCCGCACAUGCCCCUCACCGCCGAGCCGGCGGAGAUGUACCUCGCCGGUGGCAUGCACCCGUCUCCGCACGCGUCCUACCGCGAAUUCUGCGACGACGGCGCCGUCAAACUCGAGGAGCCGUCUCAGGUGAUCGUGCCCUCCCAAGCUGCGCCCUCCGCCUUCUACCGCCCGCCGAGCCAGCAGGGUCAAGUCGUCGGCAUGCACCCGCAUCACAUGGCGCACGCGCACUCGCUCCCCGUCCCGCCACCGCCGCUUUCUUACCUCUCUCCGCAUACCGGCCUGCCCGUCCAGCACACGGAUGACGCUGCGAGCAAGGAGACCCAGUACCUCCGCCGCCGGUGCUUCAACUGCCACACCACCGAGCCUCCGAGUUGGCGGCGUUCGACGCUCAACCCGGGCAAGAUCGUCUGCAACAAGUGCGGUCUGUACGAGCGCACGCACCUCCGUCCGCGCCCGCUCCGCUUCGAUGAGCUCCGUGCGGGCAACAAAGCGCGCAAGGGGUCGAAGGGUGGUGCUGCUGCCGCUGCGGCGCAGCAAAACGGUACCGCGCCUACCAGCCCGAAACGCGCGGUGGUGAAGAAGGAGCCGCGCGAGUACAACGUCGGCGUCCCCGCACCCGCGGCAGAGGGUGGCGCGAUGGCCAUCUCCCGCCGAAGCUCGAUCUCCUCCGCCUCGUCCGCCAGCGGCACCAGCGACUGGGAUGACAGCGGUACGUCGUCCCCCGCCCUCGUCGCCGUUUGUUGAACGUGCGACUCAUCAAAAUCGCCCCUCUCUGCAGUGUCCGUCUAUUCGUCUGCGUCCGGUUCGACGCCUCCUAGCGUGUACAGCUCGCCGUCCGCGCCCGCGUUCCACCUCGGCUCUCGCGACUCGCAGUCGGCCAGCCCCACGCCGAUGGGCAUCCGCCUUCCCGGCGCGCCUCUUUCCGAGAUCGCGUCGCUCCAGGGCGAGCAGCAGCAGCAGCAGGCGUACUAUGAGCAGACAGUCGAGACGACCCCGACGAAGAGCCCGAACAUGUCUCAGGACGUGAUGGCCCGGCAGUCGCAGGAACAGACCGCCACCGUCGCAUAGACGUUCCAUGGGGUUUUACAGCCCGUCCCUCCUUUACGUCUGGCGACCCGAGGCCGCCGUCCGCUCCUUUCCGCACGCACAUCAACGACCAUUUCUCUCGGCUUCCCACUUAUCUAUCUCAUCCACUCGGAAGGCACCUAGCGCCGCUGAUUACUAUUUAUUGUGCUACAUGAAAACGCCACGAUCGAGGAGGAGGGGGGGAAGAGCUCGCAGGGAAGGAAUAUCACCAGCAGGGGAGCACAUCCGCACGACCAACGCCGCCCGCGCCUACCAACCUGGAAAAACCGUGUACUGCUACUAUCUAUAUCUCACGCACAACAACCGCUUGGCUUGGUCCCUCCGCACGUAUUCUUUAUACCACAUCAUCACCCAGACCACCCGCGCUUUUACUUAUAUUUAUCCCCUUCGUCCUCUGACUUUUCGCCGCCACCACCCCCGCCAUGCCAAAAGGUGGUAUUUGACGUCGUCGGACUUUGCGCGCUCUAUCACCCACACCACAUACCACUGCUCCCCUGCAAUUGUCGCAUCGCCCCCCUUC